AACAUUAGCUAGCUGCUGGGAGGAUGUCAUGUCAUUGAAGGUGGGGGACAAGCACCCAUUCUGAGAGGCGGUCGUGGGCCUCAUUUGAGAGGUGUGGGGGAACGUGGUAGAGGAAAAGACCACGGACCAAGACAGCUGUAACAACAGCAGAGAGUGUCCAAUGAAAUCCGAGCAAUAGUUGUAGACCAUGUCGUAAAUCAUGGCAUGACAAUGAUUCAACCAAACCUCAGAAUAUCAACCAUGGCCUCAAUCAUCAGAACUUUCUGCAAUGAGAACCGAAAUGCAGACCGAGUGAAGCAACUGAGGACUGAGUACGUUCAGAGGGUGACGGAGUUGGAUGCUGAUGAAAACCACAAAUUCCUCUUUUUGGAUGAGGCAGGCUUCAACCUGGCCAAGACGAGGAAAGGCCAGAAUUUCAUUGGCCAGCGGGCAACCAUCCAAGUACCUGGACAAUGUGGGGCCAACAUCACCAUCUGUGAGACCAUAUCAGAAGAUGGUGUGGUGGGACGCAAACCUCGUAUCGGAUCAUAUAAUGCAGCUCUCCUUGUAACCUUCCUUGAUGAGCUAAAUCAGGUCUGUAAAGCUAAUGGCUUGACCUAUGUCAUUGUGUGUGAUAAUGUCAGGUUCAACCAUGUUCAAAUGGUGCAAGCAUGGUUUCAGGCCCAUCCACAAUUUACCACCCUGUACUUACCCCCAUACUCUAAUUUUUCUCCACAUGGAGAUGGAAGAGUAUAUGAUAGGCGCCCUCACGAACAAGCCACCCUUCUCCAGGCCAUGGAUGACACAUGCAAUGACAUCACAUCAGACUAGUGUCAGGCCUGGAUUCGCCCGAAGAUUCUUCUUGAGUUGUUUGGAUAAGGAAAAUAUUAAUUGUGAUGUGGAUGAGAACCUGUGGCCAAAUCCAGAAGACAGGGUUGAUGGAAAUAUAGAAGUAUAGUAAUCAAUCCUUUGUUUUGCUUUUUACAGUAAGCCAGGUGAGGAACACUGCGGUUGACGUUUUACUGUUUCUUUUUUGUAGCUAAUUAUUUUUGUUUUGAUUCAAAGAAACCUGUUGUGAUUAUAUU